GUCUCUUUCAGUUCUAGUUUCCUUGGUGUGUAUGCCCAGCAGUGGGAUUGCUGGGUCGUAUGGCAGUUCUGUUCCCCUCUUCCUCCAUUUUUAAUUCCACUUGAAACACGUGUAUAGCCAUCACUCAAUAUUUGUGUGGAAUUGGAUACAGGGCCCCUUUCAGAUUCCAAAUCUCCAGAUGCCCAAAGUCUCUUACAGCAAGUCCUCCAUGUCCUCGGAUUAGGAAUCCACAGAUUGGAAGGCUGACUGUUCUUAAAAUCAGCCCUUACAAGGUUUUUGUUCUCUACUAACCGCCACCUCUCCUCUUGUCUCCUCUCAUCUGAUUUUCAGUUAUCAGUGGCCAGGGAAACACCAUUGCAUUGGUAUCUGUAAAGGCAGUGAUUGCUCGGUUGAUCUUUGCUUGUUUGCAAGGGGCUGUUGGUUUGAGCACCGAGCUAGUAAACUGAAGGAGGGAGGCUGGGGAUGUGGGGGUUAGUAAUUAGCUCAUGUGGUCACAAGACGACACAUUUGUAAAAGUGGGAAGUAUAGAGGAAACUCUGCUUAUAUCUCUAGGAAGGUUAGUCACCAUUGUCCAAUCCAUCACGUGGGUGGCUGCUGGGAUAUGCUGGCCUUCCUUUUCUCCUUGACCCCAGCUUCUGGGCCCCAAGGUUAAAGUUAAAAGCAGAGUCUGGCACCUCCUACCACUGAUGUUGAAGGAGGUAGCCAGUCCUUCGUGAGGCCAGGGAGGGCUUAAUAAGCAGAAGCCUUUAGCUGAGGAAGACGUCACAUUUAGUCACAUUCAGAAAAACGCAGCGUCUGAAGGGUGAGACGCCACAUCCAGGCUGUGAUGUUGUCCUUCGCUGUGCGCCAAAAGAUGAGACAGUAAGGAGGGACGCGACAAUUACAGCUUUAGAAAAACUCGGGGGGGAAAUUGCCCUGGUUUUCUGAAGACUGGUAUUUUUCAAACUGCAUUUGCAGAUGUGUCUAAAAAUAAAGACAAAUUACAAACAUGUCCUGCAAGUCCCAUGGGCAGGAUGCCACUGCCUAAAGGGCUGGGUUCCGAGAGCACCGAGGCUCCCAGCCCUCCCUGCAGACCCAGAGACUGAGCCCAGCAAGGGUGGGUGGCAUGGGAACAUUCUUCCUGUCCUUAGGGAGAGCAUUUUGAUUUCUCCCUUUCCAGUGUAAUGUUUCUUUUUUCUUUUAUUUGAAAGAAACAUUACAAAACUUUUUAAAAGUUUUAAACCAUUUUAAUUUUUAAAAAUAUUAAAAAUAUUCACUAUUAAGAUGCACUUAACAUAUCUUUAAGGAAAAAAAAAGACUUUAUACUAAGUAACAUUUACUGAGUGCUGUGUGCCAGGCACUUUCCCCUUUGUAGUUUUCACAGAGCCUAGGAGGUAAGGUAGUGGGCGCUUUUAUAGAAGAAAGCACCAAGGCUUGGAUGGGUUAGCGUCUUGCCCAGCGGGAGAAGCUAAACGUAGGUGAAGCCAGGGUUAGAUAGAACCCAGGUCUGCCUGCCCCUGAAGUUUAGUAGGGAGUUCCAUUUUCUUCCCAUCAGGUGUACUGAUCAUCUGUACUUGGUAAUCCAAAGGUCCAUUUGGCCUGUUGACUUGCCUCUGUUAUCUGAGCCCAGCCUACAGAUGUGUGCUCAGUAAGGAAGGGAGAAAGCCAAGGGGGGAUGGUUGAGCCCCCUUCAGUCCCAGCUCUUGCUGGAAAGCCAGCAUGAGUCCACCCCACCUCUUUCCCUCGGCUUCUCUGCAGCACUCCAAGGGAGGCACAGCCUGCUGCCUCCCACUUCUCUGUCUGCGAAGUAAGAGGAUUUUUGCCAGGAUUGCACAGGUGAAUGUGUAAAACCUAGACCUUGGAGCCAGUGCUAUGUGAAUGUUAGCUGCUAACUUCCUUUUAAAAAAAAAAAUUUAAUUGGAGGAUAAUUGCUUUACAAUAUUGUGUUAGUUUCUGCCAUUCAUCAGCGUGAAUCAGACAUAGGUGUGCAUAUGUCCCCUCCGUCUUGAACCUCCACCCCAUCCCACCCUUGUCCUCCUUUUCUGUGUUUUAUUUUUUAAAAAUCAGUACGACCUGCAGUGGGGAGGUUUCACAAAGUCAGACCACAUGGCUUUCCGUUAACAGCAGGUGCUGGGCCUAGUCUCUCGUAGUGUCCGACUCUCUGUGACCCCGUGGGCUGUAGCCCGCCAGGCUCCUCUGUCCACGGACUUCUCCAGGCAAGAAUACUGGAGUGGGUUUUCAUGCCCUCCUCCAGGGGGAUCUUCCUGAUCCAGGGAUCAACUCAGGUCUCCCACGUUGUAGGCAGAUUCUUUACCCUCUGAGCCCCUAGGGAAGCCCAAGCAUAAAUUGUUUAAAUCCUGGCAUGUAUUUUGUUGAUGACGCCGUUGAAUGGUCUGGGCCUGUUCUCCCUGCUUCACCCUCGGUACGUGGCAGGGCUGCACAGCCUCUGUCCCCAAAGUCUCAGGCUCUCGUCACUCCCGUUCUGGGGCUCGGCUUCUCAAGGAGGCCCUCGGGGAGUGCGAAUUCGCCUCACUUUGCUUCAGGAAACAGGAACGGAGGUCAGGAGGACUUGCUCCAGGGUGGCCUGAGGGUGCACAGCUGGGCCAGGUCUUGGGGUCGAACCUCUUUGUGAGGCCAGUCCUAAGUCCUGUGGACGUUUCCGAGGCGGUGGAGCAGAGUCCUGAGUCAGCCGGCCGGGAUUUGCACGUCGGGGUUUCAGGAAGCCCAAGUACUUCCCAUUUCUGGGCCCGGUGCUUGUCCUGUGUGACUCGGGCAGCCACAAGCCUCCGGCGCCUCUGAUGAGCCUGGCUAGACUCUCCCAACUAAGGCACCUCAGGUGACUCCCAGCCCCUGGGGGCGGCCCUGGAGGGCGUUUUCCUUGGGAAACCUGCAGGGCUCUUAGGGAAGGACCCAAGAGCCCAGUGAUCCUGUGCGGGCACAGGGCUUUGCCAGGGGACCUCCACACCAGGGGCCCCCUGCUCGCUUUGCUGUGGCCUUGCAUCCAGCUCCUAACAAAGACAGCCCACCACCCCACCUCUCUGGCAGGUCCUUGCGUGACUCCUUAUUACACACUUUGAGCUGGUGACCUCAGCACACUCCUUCCUUUUUCUUUGGCCCAGCCACUCCUCAGCUCCCCAGGCCUCCCUCCCCUCUGCAUCCUGCUGCUUCACCCUGGAGCCACGGCCCCUGGAGCAGGCCCCUGAUUUGCCCAGUUUAGUCUGGUUUUGAGGAGUCAGAAGGAGGGCUCCAGGUGUGGGUAAGAAGUCUCCCAAGGUACUCAGGCACAGACCUGAGAGAACUCCGGAGGGGCCAGCGGUCAUCCAGAAAGCAGGAACCCAGCAAGCCUGGCUGGAGAAUUGCUAAGGUGCUUCCCUGGACAACCACAGACUCUAAAUGCCCUGACUUCAGCGCUACUUGGGUCCCUGAUCCGGAGUACUUGGUCCAGGCUUGGGGUUUUUUUUUCCCUCAUCCCAUGAAUGGAUUUGGCUUAUUUAGAAAAACACUCCCACAUAUCAUGCAAUGAACUGAUGAAGCCUAUAAUAUACCCACCAGGAAACGAUAUUUCCUUAGUGUUCAAAGCUGAUCUUUUCACCUUCUUGUUCACACCUGGGCUUUUGAACUGAGACAUUUUUCUGAUCUCCCCCACACUCCAUACUGAGGAGUUUUUUACACUUUCAGAGUUAGUAAUUCAGGGACAGUUACAAAAUGAAAGGUCUGCACUAGUUUGUCAGUUAUUAUAUUGUUUCUUAGAGCAUCAGUAAUUUCAGUGCUUGAAUAGAUUUGAUUUUAUAUUCUUAGCUUGUUGCUAUUAUGGGUAUAACUUAGAAUAUGACAUGGCUAGGCAGUGAAGAUUGCAAAACUUCUUACUUUUUUAUUUAAAAAAGUCUCAGUUUCAAAGAACUGCAUGCUCGCUGUAGAAUGUUUGGAAACUAAAGAAACUAAAGAAAAAAAUUUUCCAUAAUCCUAAUUGGAGGUAAUUAACAUUUUGGAAUGUUUUCUUCUGUCUGCUUUAUGGCAUAUUUUGAUUAUAUCGUAGAGAUAUCCCCAGUGAACUUUGAAGUAUGUUGUUAUUGACUAUGUGGCGCUGUGCUGAACAAUUGAUUUUGAAUCUUUACACAUAAUUUAAUGCUUGGUUCUUCCUGUCAGUAGAGAUUUUGAAGUCAUGUUGGGAAAAACAGCAGUUGACUUUCUAACUUUUGUCUGUUGGAAAUAACAAUAGUGAUCAAAGGUGGUCUCAAUCCAGGUCAUAUUGAGUUUGUUGUCCCUUCCAUUUUUUCUGCAGCUUUUUGUGGAAUUAAUGAGUAAUUAGAUCCCCUGGAGAAGGAAAUGGCAACCCACUCCAGUAUUCUUGCCUUGAAAAUCCCAUGGACAGAGGAGCCUGGCAGGGCUACAGUCAGUCCAUGGGGUCACAAGAGUUGGGCACGACUGAGUGACUAAACCACCACGAGUAAUGACUGAAGUUACGGGGGGCUUUCUCUGCCCCAGGACCUCCUCAGCCUGACGCUAGAGUUCCUGCCUGUGCUUAACCUGAGAUCAGCUCGAAGUUAAAGACCCCCAGCCCAGAUGCACUCUGAGCGCCCUGAGUGCCCAGGAAGCCGCCACCCCUGCCUCCCACCUCACCCGUGAGGCUGCGCAGCCCCCUGCAGCUCUCCUCCCGCCCGCGGGUGGCUCAGUGGAACAGAAGAUGAACGCAACUGAAUUCAGUGAAGAUGUAGAAGAAGUUCUAAAAAAUAACACUGUGAAAGUGGAGACGGAGGCCGAAGAUGCUGCCCUGGACUGCUCCGUGAAUUCCAGGUCGUCCGAGAAGCACCCUCUGGAUGGCGUCUUCACUGCCCUCCAGGACUCCAGCAAGAGAAAGCCCCUGGGUGGCGAGGCCCCGCUGGACUCCGUCCCGAGCGUGAAGAGGCGGCGGCUUAUUCCUGAGGCGCUCCUAGCAGGCAUGCGGAACCGGGAGAACAGCUCGCCCUGCCAGGGCAACGGGGAGCCGGCAGGCCGGGGCAAGAACUUGGGCUCCGUGUGGCCAGGCGAGGAGGAUCCCAGCCACGACGUGAGCACACCCUCCUACAAGAAGCCUCUGUACGGCAUCUCACACAAGAUCAUGGAGAAGAAGAACCCUCCCUCAGGGGACAUGCUCAACACCUAUGAGCUCUCGGAGAAGGUGAACCCCAGCAACAGCCCCUCACCACUGCGGCUCCUGAACGAGACACAGAAGCGGGACACUGGUGGCCCUGCAGCAGCCACGGACAGCGACCCCAACAUCUACUUUCUCAUCCAGAAGAUGUUCUACAUGCUCAACACACUCUCCUCCAACAUGUCGCAGCUGCAUAGCAAGGUGGACCUGCUCUCCCUGGAAGUGAGCCGCAUCAAGAAGCAGGUGAGCCCCACUGAGAUGGUGGCCAAGUUCCAGCCGCCACCCGAGUAUCAGCUCACGGCGGCCGAGCUCAAGCAGAUCGUGGACCAGAGCCUUUCGGGCGGCGACCUGGCCUGCCGCCUGCUGGUGCAGCUUUUCCCAGAGCUCUUCAGCGACGUGGACUUCUCCCGGGGCUGUGGUGCCUGCGGCUUCGCGGCCAAGCGGAAGCUGGAGUCGCUGCACCUGCAGCUCAUCCGGAACUACGUGGAGGUCUACUACCCGUCGGUGAAGGACACGGCCGUGUGGCAGGCCGAGUGCCUGCCCCAGCUCAACGACUUCUUCAGCCGUUUCUGGGCCCAGCGGGAGAUGGAGGACAGCCAGCCCAGCGGCCAGGUGUCUGGCUUCUUCGAGGCCGAGCCUCAGGUGGACGCUGGCCACUUCCUGGACAGCAAGGAGCAGGAGGAGGCCCUGUCCCUGGACCGCAGCAGCACCAUCGCCUCUGACCAUGUGGUGGACACGCAGGACCUCACCGAGUUCCUGGACGAGGCCUCAUCCCCCGGCGAAUUCGCGGUCUUCCUUCUGCACCGGCUGUUCCCCGAGCUCUUCGACCACCGGAAGCUGGGCGAGCAGUACAGCUGCUACGGGGAUGGCGGCAAGCAGGAGCUGGACCCGCAGCGGCUGCAGAUCAUCCGCAACUACACGGAGAUCUACUUCCCCGACAUGCAGGAGGAGGAGGCCUGGCUGCAGCAGUGUGCCCAGCGCAUCAACGACGAGCUGGAGGGCCUGGGGCUGGACGCGGGCAGCGAGGGCGAGCCCCCGCGAGAUGACUGCUACGACUCAUGCAGCCUGCCCGAUGACAUCUCCGUGGUCAAGGUGGAAGACAGCUUCGAGGGCGAGCGGCCCGGCCGGCGGUCCAAGAAGAUCUGGCUGGUGCCCAUCGACUUCGACAAGCUGGAGAUCCCGCAGCCUGACUUCGAAGUGCCGGGCGCCGACUGCCUGCUGAGCAAGGAGCAGCUGCGCAGCAUCUACGAGAGCAGCUUGUCCAUCGGCAACUUUGCCUCGCGCCUGCUGGUGCACCUGUUCCCGGAGCUCUUCACCCACGAGAACCUGCGCAAGCAGUACAACUGCAGCGGCUCCCUGGGCAAGAAGCAGCUGGACCCGUCCCGUAUCAAGCUCAUCCGCCACUACGUGCAGCUGCUCUACCCACGGGCCAAGAAUGACCGUGUCUGGACACUGGAGUUCGUGGGCAAGCUGGACGAGCGCUGCCGGCGCCGGGACACGGAGCAGCGGCGCUCCUACCAGCAGCAGCGCAAGGUCCACGUGCCGGGCCCUGAGUGCAGGGACCUGGCCAGCUAUGCAAUCAACCCCGAGCGGUUCCGGGAGGAAUUUGAGGGGCCCCCGCUGCCCCCCGAAAGGAGCAGCAAGGACUUCUGCAAGAUCCCCCUGGACGAGCUGGUGGUGCCCUCGCCCGACUUCCCGGUGCCUUCGCCGUACCUGCUGUCCGACAAGGAAGUGCGCGAGAUCGUGCAGCAGAGCCUGUCCGUGGGCAACUUCGCCGCGCGGCUGCUCGUCCGGCUCUUCCCAGAACUCUUCACCGCCGAGAACCUGCGGCUGCAGUACAACCACUCCGGGGCCUGCAACAAGAAGCAGCUGGACCCCACACGCUUGCGGCUCAUCCGCCACUACGUGGAGGCCGUGUACCCGGUGGAGAAGAUGGAGGAGGUGUGGCACUACGAAUGUAUCCCGAGCAUCGACGAACGCUGCCGCCGCCCCAACAGAAAGAAAUGCGACAUCCUGAAGAAAGCCAAGAAGGUGGAGAAGUGAGGGGUGCGUGGGGCACUGAGCGUCGCCCCCUCCCCCCCACCACCACGAGCCCGAGCCGCGUCCACAGCCGCGCACCUUAUAUCGGCGCGGCGGGGCCUGCUGCAUUUGCACACGCGCUCGCCCAGCCGGCCACGGCCACGACAAAGAAGCCUCGCAUUUGGUCUCUUGUACUUACGACUUUUGUCCUGUGUUCCUGGUGAUGCAGCCAGAGUCUGGGGAGAGCAGAGCUGCGAGGGCAGAGGGGCCUCAGGAGUCAGGGUUCCCUCUCCUCGGCAGCGUCCUCCCGGUCCCCUCACUAUUUGAAAUGCAAAUCAAACAACCUUCUUGUUCCUCUUCCCACAUUUUACAUCUUCCAUUUUUAUAAAAAAAAAAUUUUUUUUUUUAAAUUAAAAAGAAACCCUUUUUGAGAAAAUCAUUGGGCUCUGUGGAGGCCAUUUUACUCAAAAAAUUUUUUUUUUUAAUAUUUGAGAUGAAGUACUGUAAGAUGACUUCAGUCACUGGGAAUUUUUUUUUAAGAUGGUUUCAGAUAUAUGAAAUUUUUAGAAGUGCCAUGUUCAUGCAUGAUGGCUGAUGGCUUCAGGUGGCAUAGAGACGGAUUUUACUGACCUUGUCUUUUAUUAGUACAUCGGAUUCUGGAAGAGUCAGGACGCCUCUUGGAUGGCAGUGAAGGGGAUGGAGUAGUUCGGUGUCCUUUCUGACCACAGUCAGUGGCACUCUCCCCCCCACUGUGGUGCCGAGGAAGGGGCUAUGGGGACGGCCUGGCCUGGCCUGUCUCACUGCUGCGCCAGUAAGAAUGUUGUGCUCACCCUGUAGACGAGAACACUGGAUGGUGAUGACGGUGAUAUGAAUGUAGAUAGAUGUGGAAACACGUCACAAUGUCUUCAUUUGAGCUGUGUCCUUCCACUGCCCUCUUUCCUUCCUAUACAAGGAUGCUGGUUAGAGGGACAAACACAUUUCCUCGGAAAACUGUGUGUGGAUAUUUGGCUUCUUGUUUAAGGAUGGGCCCCAUUGGGCUCACCAAGAACUGUUUACUUUGCGUGUGUGUAUUUGUAUAAAACCCAGGUUCUGGGAGCUGUAUGGUGGCUUCACCACACCUCAGUGUCGGCUCCUGCAGUCAGUACACACCCUUGUUCCUCAGGGCCGGGCCUGAACCAUGGGCUCUCUUGAGGAUACCUGGUGUUGGAAGGACACAGGCCAUCUGAAACAGGGCUCCCGUAUCCCUUUCCGGGGUCCACUCAGAGCUUUCCCUUUGGGCCCCCAGAAGGUCCUGCUCUCCUACAUCUGGCCGGUCCCUCGGCCUCAGGAUGAGAGACCUCUUUUCUCUUCCCUGGUUGGGAAGGUCACACUGCUCCAGGCCAGUGGCAUGCUCUCCAGGAUUCCAACCAGGAAACUCCCCAACAGGUAAAGUCCUUAAUGUAAAAACAAUACUUUUACCUACCUGACUUUGGGGGCUAGUGCCUAAGAGGGAAAGGGAACAGUCUAAACCAAUACAUCAUACCAGAAAGCUAGAAAAUAAAUUGAUGAAUCACACAGGGUAGUCAUAAAACCCUUGUGGAAUGUUAAUUUAAUAACCUAAUGGCUUAAUAUUUUGCUACCUUAAAAUGCAGAAAUAAUAGAAACAAUCUGUGAAUUCUCUUCAUACAGAUAAGGACUUCAGCUUUAGUGACUGUAUGAUGGAACUUUGCCUGCACUCACAGCCUUUUUUUUUUUUUUUAAUGACAGGAUUCUGAGCAGUGUGAAGUUGCCGAUCUAACUUUGGUAAAUUUGCUUUUAAAUGUCAUUUACAGAUUAUUUCCGUUGUAACUGCGGACCUAAAUUAUUACAGUUUGGAAACACACAGGGACUUAAUGACUCUCUCUCACCCACCCACAUACAUGUGUACAAACACAUUUCUUAGUAAAAAACUGAAGUGAGAUGAAGGGGACCGACAUGAAUAACAAGCUCAACCUCUUUGUGCCUGGAAAGGAGGAGGACUGGAGCAGCCGGAGACUCACUUCCCCCUCUCCUGGGCCUUUCUCUAUGCCUUAGUCUCUCCAGCACACAAAUGCAUGCCUGCGUGCAUGUGCGUGCACACACCCAAAGAUGGCAGUGGCUCUCUCCCUCACCAGUCCUGCGGGUGGGAGGGUGCUGUGGAAUUUGUUCUGGUCUCUAGGAUGUAUCCAAGAGGAUUCCAAGCCAUGUGAAAAUUGCCCUGCUUUCUAGAGGGUGGAAUGUGACCCUGCAACUUCAGAAGCACAAUCAUUUAAUAAUUUUUUUUUUUAAUCAUCCUGUCUACCCACAAUAGAGACGUCAACAGGUUCUAGGAAUUAAAUAUAUCUCUUUAUAACCUAGAGCAUGUUCAGUUUUUGGAAACCGUGUUUUGAUGGUUUCUUUAAUACUUUUCCUGCAUGGGGCUUCUUCCCCCAAAUCUCAGAGUCCCUUCCAGUGAAGAGAGGUGGACGCUCUCUGUGUGAGCUGUAUCUUGUCUCUCUGGACUGACUCACCAGGAACCACCUGCAGGCCCUGUGUCUGUGUGGUGUCCUCAGCCUCCAGCCAUACAGGUGGGCUCCAGGGGCUUUUUUUUUUUUUUACAUGAAGCAAUAGAAUUAUAAAAUAUCUAAAUUUUUUUCAAAAUUUAAUGUUUUCCAUAAAAUCUGUUGGCAAAACCCCUACUCCCUCCGCAUCUAAAUUCUUUGAUUUUUGUUAAUACUUGUUUGUGUUUGGGGAAUUUUUUUCUCCCUCACAUCCAGAAGUAGCACAGACACAUUCUGAUGUUGAGUAAAAUAGCACGUCACAAUAGGUGGUAGUGUCCCUUGUUUUUCUGUUAGUGAGUUUUAAAAGAAUGUACGAAGAUAGUCAUGAAUGUACUGAGUGUUCUAACCCUGCUUCCGUUCACUUUGGCUGUGUCUCCAUGACAACACAGGUUUGACAGGGAAUAAAAUUGUACCCGGUGUCAUGGGUGUUAGUGUGCCCCUCCCCCUCAGUGUUGGACCCCACCCUUCCUUGCUUUUUAAGUUUGGUGGGAGGGGGUACCACAUCAGCAGCAAUCAUCAACCAACCAAUGGGAUCUACUUAGUGGUAAGCAGAUUAACUGUUUAAAUGCUAAGAGUCACUGGCCUGACCACACCAUAGUAUGGCCACUUGGGUUCCUGCAGACAUGGCUUCAUUUUCCACCUUUGCCCCAAAUGUUUACUUCUUGCCUGAUCGAGGAGGAGGGUCUCGAGACCUCAGAUUGGAGGCCAUUGAGCUCUUAACCCUGCCUCACCAUGGAGAGAGAUGCUAUGAAGUGGUGGGACUUCCCUGGUGGUCCAGUGGUUACCACUCCGUGCUUCCGCUGCAGGGGGGCACGGCUUCUAUCCCUGGUCAGGGAACUAAGAUCUCACAUGCUAUAGGGCAAAAAAAGAAAAGAAGUGGUCCCUGGGCCAAGGGACUCUUAAUGUCAUUCAGAGAUACGUGUCUCUUGUAGAUCCAGCCUUAAUGUUUUUCUGACAUCCUAGUGAUAGCAGACCCUGCGCAAAGUGGAUAUCAGAGUUAAUACUGUGAGGAGACAAAAUAAUGAGAAUAGUUUUACCAAAGAUAAUGAAACAUUGCAUAAUGUCUGCAUUUUACCAUUGAUUUGAGUGCACCCUUAGAAAACUGAAUGUAACAAAAACCCAGGACAUUUUUUGGAAAUUGUAUGCUCUCUAGCAACUGUGUGAAUUUUUAUACAAGCACUGUUUUAUGAGUUACAUAAAAUGUUAUAAAAAUA